CUCGACUCCUUUUAGUGUAGAAUAUGCAUUUUAAUAGCAGUCAGCCGUUUUGCGUCUAUAUCGAGGCUCUUGCUGGACGUAUGACGCAACACCUACCUACUGUAUAAACUGCAUGCAGUUAUUGCAGGGUGAAAUUGAGCAUUUCUAUUUCAUGCUACUUCAUUCUUUUUACGCGACUACAUUUAUUUGACAGCUGUUGUCACUUUGAUUAUUCAUAUGACAAAACAUAGUUUACAAAUGAAUUAUGAUUUGUUUAUUUAAGCAAACCGGAAGUAGCGCUCCACCUUUUCCAGCUGCAGCAUUAAGUAAUAAUGACUCAUAAAUGCAUUAAUAAUUAUGAUCAAAUGAUAUAUUAUUCUGAAAUGGGCCAUUCUGCUAAAUGAGUGUUUUUACUUUAGCUAAUACUUUGUCAAGUAACAUUUUGAAUGCAGGACUUUUAAUUGUAACAUAGUUAAUUUGAUCCAAUUCUAUAUCUAUAUAAUACUAAAAUAAAAUAUAUAUGUAUAUUAUAUACAUAUAUGCUGUCUCAUCACCUACAUGUGUUGCUAAAUGACCUUUCACAGCUUUAUUGAUCUCGUGUGUUUCAGAGAUUAUCUCUCACAGUUAAUUAAUUAUUGAGCCGCUGUACAUAGAGGUAACAGAGUCCACAGAGCUUCAAAAGAGGCCAGCCUUCAGGUCGCACAGACGUGUCUGCAUCUCAAACACCUUCGUAAUCUAUUCGGAGCCAGCGGGGAGAUUCUUACAAGCUUUUUUUUUUUUUGCAGUGGUGCCUGCCCUCCUGCAGCCACAUGGCUCGCGUCUUCAUCUACGGCACCCUGAAGAAGGGGCAGCCCAACUUCUACCGUCUGUUCGAUGCCGCCAAUGGGAAGGCGGAGUUCCUGGCCUCGGCCUGCACCACCCAGCGGUACCCGCUGGUGAUCGCCGGCGAGCACAACAUCCCCUUCCUCCUCAACCUCCCCGGCCAGGGCUACCGGGUCCACGGGGAAAUCUACGAGGUGGACGACAAGAUGCUCCGAUCCCUGGACGACUUUGAAGACGUGCCCGCCAUGUACCAGCGGACCAGGGUCACGCUAGAGGUCAAGGAGUGGGUGGCGAAGACGGCGGCGGGGGAGGAGAGGCCGGCGGCAGGCAGCGCCACCGAGGCCUUUCUGUACAGCACGACGACGUACCGGCCCGACUGGCCCUCGCUGACCCGCUACGAGAGCUACGACGCCCACGGAGCUCACGGGCUGCGGUACACGACCAGGUCAGAGCGAGACUGAGGAGACGGCGGGAUGAGAAACCAGUGGGCGGAGCCACGUGCUUGAAUACACUCCUGUUUCUAGUCCUCACUACUUAAUUAUUAGAGAUGCUCUAGAAAGCGUGAACAAAAAAAUUGUUAUUUGAUGAAUUAUACUGGUGAGGAAGAAAAACAAUGAACAUUCGUGCUCUCAUGUUGGCUGGUGGAUUUGCUUUUUAAUCUAAUCUUUUUUUUAAUGGAUUUUCCUCGUCGUAAAUUGUUUUAAAAAGCUUAAAAUGCUAAACUUUUUGUUUCUACCCUCCAGUUUCUCAGCGCGAAAAGGCACUCCUGUAGGGGACUCUGCUUGGAGCACAUACUUCACAGAACUAGUGGGGUGGCUGACAAUAUACGAGACAGGGUGCCUUUAAGAGCUGGUAUCGUAACCAGGGCAACGAGGUGGCGUGGAGGGGUUAAAGGUGACGAGCUGUCAGUGAUUUGUUUGCAAGUGGAGAUCAAGUCUGUCUGCUCCUACACUUUGAUAUUAAAAUCUAACAUUAUCAUCUGCA